GAUUGGAAUCCAUAACCAUUACAGGUCAAACCCUACGGAAGUCCCGGAGUCGCAAUUGCACAUCGUUCAGCACGCUCGAGAGGCAUGGAGCGGCUGGCGGGCGUGUGCUCCUCGCUGAAGAGCGGCAGGAUGCUUGGCGUAGCGGCGGCCCAGCUCCUCGGCUCGUCGCAAGUCGCGCAGGCGGUCGCUCGCACCCUUCCAGUCUUGGGAGCUCGAUGGCUGGCGACCGCUGCCCCCUCGCCAGCUUUUGUUUACCAAGAGCUAUUUGAAAUGGCAAAGGCAAAUAUUCCGUGGCGCAAGCUCACGGGUGACCAUGUGUCCGUUGCCGACGCGGCGGGCAAAAAGGUGUUGCAGGUGGCGCCUGAGGCUCUGACGCUCCUGGCUGACAGCGCUAUGCGGGACGUGGCGCACCUGCUGCGGCCGGGCCACCUGCAGCAGCUGGCAAACAUCCUCAAGGAUCCCGAGGCCUCCGCCAAUGACCGCUUCGUGGCUCUGGAGCUGUUGAAGAACGCCAACAUUGCCGCCGGCUUCGUGCUGCCAGGCUGCCAGGACACCGGCACUGCCGCGAUCAUGGGCAAGCGCGGGCAGUACGUGUGGACGGACGGGCGGGACGAGGAGCACCUCAGCCGCGGCGUGUUCCGCGCAUACACCUCCACCAACCUGCGCUACUCGCAGGUGGCUCCCUUGGACAUGUUCAGUGAGAAGAACACGGGCACCAACCUGCCGGCCCAGAUCGAGCUGUUCGCCAGCCCGGGCAGCAGCUACGACUUCCAGUUCAUUGCCAAGGGCGGCGGCUCCGCCAACAAGACCAGCCUGUACCAGCAGACCAAGGCGCUGCUGAACGAGAAGUCGCUGACGGCCUUCCUGACCGACAAGAUCAAGUCGCUGGGCACCGCCGCCUGCCCGCCCUACCACCUGGCGGUGGUCAUCGGCGGCCUCAGCGCCGAGAUGAACCUCAAGACUGUCAAGCUGGCCAGCACACGCUACUUGGACACGCUGCCCACCAGCGGCAACGCCCUGGGCCGCGCCUACCGCGACCUGGAGUGGGAGGGCCGCCUGCUGGACAUCAGCCGCCAGCUCGGCAUCGGCGCGCAGUUCGGCGGCAAGUACUUCUGCCACGACGUGCGGGUCAUCCGACUGCCGCGGCACGGCGCCUCCUGCCCCGUGGGCGUGGGCGUGUCCUGCUCCGCGGACCGCCAGGCGCUGGGUAAGAUCACCGGCGAGGGCGUAUUCCUGGAGGCUCUGGAGCGCAACCCGGGCCAGUACCUGCCGGACGUGACACACGAGCAGCUGAGCACGGACGUGGUCAAGGUGAACCUGAACCGCCCCAUGCAGGAGGUGCUGGCGCAGCUGAGCUCCUUCCCCAUCCGCACGCGCCUCAGCCUGACCGGAACACUGGUGGUGGCGCGAGACAUCGCGCACGCCAAGCUGCAGGAGCGGCUGGCAGCUGGCAAGGGCCUGCCGCAGUACGCCAAGGACCACAUCAUAUACUACGCCGGGCCCGCCAAGACGCCGGAGGGAUACGCGUCAGGCAGCUUCGGACCCACCACUGCCGGCCGCAUGGACAGCUACGUGGACGAGUUCAUGGCUGCGGGCGGCUCGCUGGUUACGCUGGCCAAGGGCAACCGCAGCCGCGCCGUUACGCAGGCGUGCAAGAAGCACCGCGGCUUCUACCUGGGGUCCAUUGGCGGCCCUGCCGCCAUCCUGGCCCAGAACUGCAUCAAGAAGGUGGAGGUGCUGGAGUACCCGGAGCUGGGCAUGGAGGCGGUGUGGCGCAUCGAGGUGGAGGACUUCCCGGCUUUCAUCGUGGUGGACGACAAGGGUAACGACUUCUUCCAGAAGUGGCAGGUGUAGGGAGGAGUCGGCCUGGAGGGGGGCAGGAGCCGAGGAGUGGAAGGGGGAUUAUGCGCCCGAGCCCAACGAAAUAGGUCCGAAUAGUCAAGGAAUCGUCGCCCAACCCAGAAAUAGGUAUAGGAGCAAGGAGCAGCAGCGUAUGCAGUGGGCGUGGGCGUGCAGGGCGGAGAUUUGGGGGUGGGACUCGGUGGAGCAGGACUGGAGGCGUGCGCACGAAUGGAACUUGCCGGCUCGUGGCUUAUGCGGGGUGGGUUGGGCGGAGGGUGUUGUGAUCAGCAAGAGCGCAUGCGUUGGGGCAGGGGCCGAUGGUGUAGACGUGGAAGCUGAAGUGCAGGUAUAGGCCAUGGCGUGUGAGGUGGGCGAGGCAACAGCUAGCGUGGUGCUGGACACACGGUUUCGACGUGGACUGUGUGGCCUUGGUUGAAGUACCGGCACAGAGUCAAUGUUACGUGUCAGCGGCUCA